AUGGAAAUCUCCCCUGGAAACACAACAUACUGGGUCCCAAAAUAUGAUGCGAAAAUGAAACCAACCGUUGGGCAACAAUUUAAGCGUCUUGAAGAUGGCAUAGAGUUUUACGAAAAAUAUGCUGCAUUAGUUGGGUUUGAUGUGCGACGUAGUGGUGAUAGGAAAAACAAAGUGGGCAAAGUACUGCAUAAAUAUUUGGUAUGCUCACGUGAAGGAUUUAAGCAAGUUGCAUACCUCGAAAAAAGGGAAACAAGUGAAACGGUGAAAAGGCGUCGUCCAUCAAACAGGGUUGGUUGCGGUGCACACAUAAAAUUUAAUACAAUCGGGAAUGGUGGAUACGAAGUGACAUCAUUUGAGGAAAGGCACACCCACCGUUUGUGCGAAGAACAGUCUAAACCAUUCAUGAAAGUGAAUCGCAAGCUAGACAUGGGGCAUAAAGACUUCAUCGAAAAAUGUGGAAAGGUUAACAUUGGAGCAAGCAAAAGCUUUAAUCUAUAUGGAGAAAUGGUUGGUGGAGUUGAACAUGUCGGUGCAACUAGUACUGAUUUCAAGAAUCAUAGGAGAAAGAUAUUGGCAUACAUGAAAGAACGGGACGCCCAAGAGCUUGUCGCCAAAUGCCAAGAAAGAAAGGAGUAUUGGCCAGAUUACUACUUUGAGUAUGCCGUAGACGACCAACAACAAUUGAGUCGUAUAUUCUGGGCCGAUGAACAUGGACGCAAAAGCUUUGCCCACUUUGGAGAUGCAAUGGCGUUUGAUGCAACAUACAAAACGAACAGGUACAGUCUAGUGUUCGUACCAUUCACAGGCGUGGACAACCACAAAAAGUCAACUACAUUUGCAACGGGUUUAAUUGCAAAAGAAGACGUGGAGUCAUACACAUGGCUGCUACACCACUUCAAACGUGCAAUGGGCGGGGAACCAAUAUGUACGACUACAGACCAAGAUCCAGCCAUGAAAAUAGCCAUUGCAAAUGUAUUCCCUACAACACGUCACCGUUACUGCAUGUGGCAUAUUAUGACAAAAGUGAGCGAUAAAGUGGGGGCUAAUCUGGCAAAGAACGACGACUUCAGGAGACGAUUGAAUGAUAUUGUGUGGAAGAAUAACUCAACGGCCGAGGAAUUCGAGAACGAUUGCGUCGAUUUUGGAUACCUGCAUACUUCACCGAUGUUGAAAUGA